AUGAAGUUACUCAUACCAGCUCUCGCAAUAUCGACGUGGGCCGCCAUCGGCAGCGCCCUUCGAAUCCCUUCCACUUCCAGCAGCGGCAGCGACCUUGGCCAUAUUGCGACCAUCGACGAGCUCAAGCCUGGGCUGCACUCCCCUCGCCAUUUUAAUCGGCUAGAGCAGCGGAACGAUCCAGAAUUUGUUGAGGAGUUCAACGUUCAAACGAGCACUCCGGAACUAUUCAGCAGUCUCAUCGAGCGACUGCGCCGCAGGGUUCAGGACCGUGAUACUCUCUCUCAUAGCCUACCGGUUCUCCCUCCUCAACAGAAUCCGCCCAAUAGAUGGUUCGACCUAGUACUACGUACACAAUCUCAGGCUAUGAGGUUUAGGAUCCGAAUGGACAACCUCUACCUGGAUGGCUAUCGAGCCGAGGCCUCUGAUCACUGGUACGAAUUUAAUCCGGACCCUGGUCAGCCACAACUCAUCCCCGGAUCCGCGCUCUUGGGGUUUCGGGGUGGCUACCCCGCCUUGGAGGCUGCUGCUGCUGAGGGCCACUCAAGAACUACCAUCCCGCUCGGCCGGCAGCAACUUAUCAAUGCUGUAAACAGCCUUGCGCGCUCACGUGAUGAUGAUCACAGCACCAGAGCGCGUGGAUUGAUUGUCGUUAUUCAGAUGAUUUCUGAAGCCAUGAGAUUUACAAGAAUAACUACUUAUAUUUCCGAUGCCUACCUAGAAGGCAUUAUACCGGACGGCAAUAUCACUGGGCUUGAAAACGGCUGGGGACGGGUUUCUGCCGCAUUGCUCCAUCACGACCAGAAUCCCGAGACUUUUCGGCUUCCUCAGCCUAACCCCAUGCACAUCGGAGGGGUGGCAGACGCAAUCGCUGUGCUCGGCAUGUUGCUACGUUACAACAUUAACGGUGGUUCUAGGCCUCGGCGCCAGGUCCAGGCAUUGAUUCCCGAAGGCCGCCCGUUGGUAGAGAUCCUCUGGGUGGUCAUUGACAACAUCGAUCAGGAGAACCCGGGCGAUCUCUACGGCACCAUUACAGCUACCGACAGCGUGGGCACGCAAGACAUCUACAAUAUCGACAAGGCGAACCCCCAGUCUAUCCGCCCGCGCGACCCAGUCGCGCUCUCUGGCCCAUCUCGGGCAAUCUCGGCCGCUGACAGCUUCCUUAUCGACCUAAAUCUUAUGGACCAUGACUCCGACCCAUCCCCCGAGGACGAGGUCAGCCGAGGUCAGAUUGACUGGAACUACUACAGUACGGGCAAUUUAUACGACACGCCAAUCCAUACCGCAAUCAAGGGCAAAUACGGCCAGGCAACGGUGAAUUAUAUUGUGAUGAGUAACGCCGCAGAAGCCGUCGUGGAGGUCGUUCUGAUCAAUGGGGACAACGAGAACCCAGCCGACAUUUUUGGGACACUCAAAGUAACGAGCAGAUUUGUCUCGCGCGAGCUUUUCAAUAAGGCACAGAAGGAUAGCAUAAGUGUGCGCCCGGGAGAGUCUAUCCCUCUGUCGAGGGCCGUGAUGGCCGUGCCACUAGACGAUACGCUCGUGGUUCGCGCGGAUCUUUGGGACUACGAUCCCGUCAGCAAUGAUGAGGUAGCGAAGGGGGUCGCUUCGCUACGCCCUCAAGUGCUGCACUCGACUAAGGAGAGAAUUAGAGGACAAUAUGGCGAGGUCGAAGUCAGGGUCACCUGGUCUUGA